AUGAACGUUCCUAUAGAAAUACUUCAGUAUAUAUACUCGCAUCUAUCGACAUCUGAUUUCAAUGCGGCCCGUCACACGUGUCGACUUUGGUUUACUGCGAGCUUGAAUCGAAAGCUACUGGUGGACAUGUUGAAGCAGGCGGGAUGGUGGAGCAGCAUUCUACGCAUCAUCACACCGAUGGGGUUGGCGAGAUCCCCUGGAAUAAGUCAGGAGCGCGUAAUGAGCAAAUGGAUUGCACGGGAGUGUAAUCUUGCCAACCCGAAUGGAAACGCGUUUGUACAGGUGGGCAAAACAGACUUUCGGGGACUGGUUAGUAGCCGUCGAAGAAAUCAACUACAUGGAGACGUGUCAUUCACCGUUAGCCUCUGCGGGCGAUACUUGAUCGCGACUUUGGAUCAAUUGGCUUACAUAUACGAACUGAAUCACGUUUGUCAGCCUGGGCGGUCCGCAUGGUCUAUUCCGUUGAGGCGCAGACAAGGCAUGCCUUUGGGUUUUAUGCGUCCUGUUGCGAGCAUCAUUUGUCCUCGGAGAAUUCUGUGUUCCAGUAUGGAUACUUCGUCAGGAAGACAUUCUGUGGCAUUUCUAAUGGAAGGGCGUGUUGGAAUGGUUUGUGAAAUUACCAGCAAUGGCCAACCCGCUUCGACUUUCUCGCCAGUUACGCUGGCUGGGCCGUCCAUGGCGGGAUCGGCACCAAACUCCAGAGGAAACUCACCCACAGACACAGGAAAAACUUGUAUAUGUCACGAGAGAUCCCCUCAUGAGCCUCCGCUUGUAGAGAUUGGGGAAAGAUCGGUGUACAGGAACAUCUGCCAGGCGGAUGAUCCGCCGCGAUCAGUUGCCAUUUGUCCGCAGCGAAACUGUGUGGCCUUUGGUUGUGCGUCUGGAAUCGAGCUACACUGGGUGGAUGCCUUGACAGGUCAAGAUCUUAGCAGAUGGUUUCCGCUAUCGUCAUCGAGCGACUUUCUUUACUUCUUACCAGCGCGAAGAGGCACAGACACGGCAAAAAAGCUGCGCCUAAUCAGCUCCGCGGCUGGGUUACUGAAUCCGCUUGACCCAAUGACGAGUUCGUACAGUGAUUUCCGUACCACAAUCAUCGGAUCGGAAAGGACCGAUACCACAUCAUUCUGGAGCAAUAGGGAAACAGGUCUGGAAGGCCAACAAACUGCCGACGAACGACCUGGCCUGUCGAUGAGGCCAAUGUGUAUCAGAUCCAGAGUAUAUCGAGAGGGCCAAAUAUCAGAUGGCGGAGCCAUACGAACUGUAUCAGCCAGGAGUGCUGAUCAUUACCGGGCUGUCCCUCUCAGCGAUGGAUAUCACAUCUUGUUCACUGAUCCUCGAACAGGUUGUCUGUGCCUUGGAAUUGACGCGCCGAUUGGUUCUGUUACACGUCUUCUUCGGAAAGUGUGGUUCCGACCUCCUUUGAGAACGGUGUCGGCAAUACCAAUCCUGUAUGCAGCUGGAUCAGAUACAAGGCAUGGGGUGCGUGUAGUGGCCACGUUUGCGUUUGCGGCGACGUCACCAGCAGACGCGACAGAUAAUGCCCCCGACAAGCAAAUGAUUGCGUUCUUUACAGUUCCUCCAGACUUGUUCCAUGACUUGAGUUACGGAAACGCGAUGCUUCAGCAGAAUAUGAGCACGUUGAACGGUGGAAGAGCUCAGAGACAAAGCACAUCGGAGCCAUGGCAGCCUGAGGAGAGUUAUGGUGCCAUUGACGUAUUCAGUGAAGCUUUCCGGGAUAGCCCAUCGUAUCCCCUUGAAAUCUGUGGGCAAGUAAUAGCCAUAUGUGACAGCGUUACCGAGAUUGCCCUGGACUCGUCACCAGAGAUGGUUGUUUAG